AUGGGCAAUUCAGAGACUGCGGAAUCGAGCCAAUCGCUCAGUAAAGAGGCCGUUGAAACGGCGGUCGAAGCGCAGCAGAGUGGCGAGGAAAAGGGACAAUGGCAAGAGGAGGAUGGUAAGAGAAAUGGCUCUGAUAGUGAGGAGGACGAUGCUAGAGGAUCUAGUGUGGAUCCGUCAAUGAUUCAUACCGCCAUAACGGAGAAAGACAACCCUUUUAUGCAGUUGCAGGACGAUGAGCGUGAUUUAGAGAAUAGAGAUGCGAAACAGGUGAGUAGAUCAAGAAUAAAGCCACUGCUGAACCCAAACGAGGUUUAUCAGGAUGAUAUGGACGAUAUCUUGCCGUCAAAGACGGCGGAAGCGAAGGAGCGUCGCGACAGUGGCGAAUCUAGCAGUUUGAACGGGAAAUUCGAGCUGCCUAAGGAUUUGAAUCCUGGCAGAGAGAGUUCGGGUUCAAACAGCAAGGUGCAGAUAUUGGAGGCCAACAAGCUGUCAGAAGGUCAGGGUAGAACAUAUAUUGCUUACACAAUCAGGUACAAGGAUGCGCUGGUGCGAAGGCGAUACAGCGAUUUUGAGAGUCUGAGGAAUAUCCUGGUGAAGCUCUUUCCUAUGAGUUUGAUCCCGCCAAUACCAGAGAAGCAAAGUAUAAAGACGUAUGGGAAAGCGAUCGCGGCCUCGAAGCCCAGUUAUCUUCUGCCUUCAGACGGGACGAGGUCGGUGGAUCUCUCUCUUUCCGUUAUCAAUGGAUCGGUGAACAAUAGCGAUGAGAGACUAAUACGACACAGAAUCAGGAUGUUGACGGGAUUUCUCAACAAACUUCUGCUGGAUUCAGAGGUUACAAAGACUACCAUCAUUAGCGAUUUUCUCGACCCGAAUAAUACUAACUGGAGUGAUUUCAUAACCAGUUCUGCGACGUUUUCCUCACUUCCCAGAAGUGUUUUGCAGUGCAAUCCACUGGACCCGACAGCCACCACAAGAAUACACGCAUCCUUACCAAUCCCGCAUCUAACGUCUCAAUCUUUGUUGCAUAAAGACAACUCUUCUCGUGGGUUAGAAGUCAAGGACAGCUUCCAGGCCAUCGAAAAAGAUUACAAAAGAUAUGAAAACAUUCUCAGUAAUGGGAUUUACAAGUACAGCAGAAGAAUUACAAGAAAUAUGUAUGAUAUGAAGCAUUACAUGAAGGAAUUGAGUGAGGCGUAUGCUCAGUUCGCAGCCACUCAAAGCCGCGGUGCAGAGCUUGCUGAGGAGUUUUCCCACAUAAGUAACGCCUUCGAUGAAUCAGCAAGCGAGUUAGAGAGCACUGUCGGAAAGUUUUAUUACAAUAUAGAUGAGCCACUCAGUGAGUGCGUUCGAAUGGCAGGCUCUGCGAGAGAUCUGAUAAAGUUCCGCAAAUUAAAGCGAAUGCAACUUGAGAUGAUAAGAAAAUAUUUAGCGAGCAAGAGGAAUCAACUUGAAAAACUGGAAGAGCAUGAGAAAGAGAUGAAAAAGGUCGACUCUGAUGUUGACCGGGAGAUGAGCAAAAGUAACAAGAUCAAUUUGGAGCAUCCUCAACCCAAGACUUAUAGUGGGAAGCUCCUAAAUAAAUUCAAUAAAUUGGCCAGCAUGGUGAAAGAAUCGGUGAAUUACCAAGAUCCAGAUCUAAACACUAGUAUCCCAACUCUGAAAGCUGAAAUCCAACAAUUGAAGGAGUCCCUCGAAGUCUCUGAGAAUGAUGUUGAGGUUAUCUCCACAGUAAUCAAAGAUACAAAGUUGAAAGAGUUCUCGAGUCAGCGCGAGAAAGAACUGGCUGAAAUACUUAAGAAUUACGCCAAAUAUCUGAGAGAAUACGCACAGAGCAAUCUCAAAAUAUGGCAGGACAUUAAAUCGACCCAAAGUUAG